AUGGAAGAAAAUCAAACAUUUUUUAUUAAACUCGUUGCAUCAGGGAGGGACCAGACUGAUGUUAAUGCCUUGACAACUGGAACAAGUAAAAAAGACGACCAUCAUGCUCUGGGAAAAAAACAGACUGAAGAGCUAGUAAACCCUAUUGGAGACAAAAUGAAAACCGAGACUGAAAACACUAAUGCUGAGGUAUUUUACGAUCCUAAUAAGGAUGGAGGAAACAAUGGAACCAUGGACGGGAAAACAAUAGACAGGACAACACAAAAUAAUGAAUCAGUCGUAUUUAAGAGAAAAGAUUCCAUCUUUAGAACCCCUCCCCCUCUUCGUAGGGCGUACUCUCUAAACCUAGAAAAUACCAGUCAAGAACCGAAACGAAAACGCGACGAUACACCUGAGAAAACAAAAACUGAAUUUGAAAUAUUUAUUAAGAAGAUGGAAACGGAACGUAACAAAGCGACAGAACAAACGCAGCAAUUAGCAUCGCUGAUCACUACUAUCCCAAACACAAAAAAGGAAAUUAAAAAUGCUAUCCACAAAGCGGAGUCAUAUACACAAAAAAUGACUGAGAACACUGGCUUCAUAGACCGACUUAUAGAAGAAUUACACGCGCCCUCAAGCAAAAGGACCACCGUCGCUCCUAAGAAAAUCAUGUGUGAAAUGGGCACACAAACGGUCAGUAACCAACAACUGGAAAAAGAAAGGCGUGUUAUGAAUAUUGAAAAGGCUAUGGACCUUGAGAUGGAUGAUGACCGACUUCAAGAGGAACUGGAACUGCAAUGGCCAGAAGAUGCUUUCAAAAAGUGUAAAAUUCACAAAGAAGCAAUAACCGGAGAGGAAGAAAACCUUUUAUUUAUUAUGAAAGCAGAAGAGACUAAGAAUAAUCUACUCUUAAGAAAACUCAAGGAGAAAAACCCCCAGCUCAGAAAAUAUGUUGAAGAAAAUAAAUUAAAUGUUGGUAAUAUGGUCGGAGGAAUCGCUAAAAGUGGAAUUUCCGGUGACGAAAUGGCCGAAAGUGCAGUAGAGCUAAUCACGUAUAUUGCAUUAACAGAAGGUCUAAACACAGUCGAAGAUCGAAUUAAAAUGAAAGAAAACCUGGUUAAAAUUAAGCAAAGUGACGAUAGAAAGCCGUUGAGCCAUAUAUGGUGCCUUAUAGACCAAAACAUUGCCUAUGGAGUCGCUCGAAAUACCCUUGAGUAUAUAGGAAGAAAGCUAGACAUUAGCUUUAAAGUUAUUACGAGUAAAAAUAGAGCCCACACAGUCGACGGAGACGAAGAAAUUAAUUGGGAGCUAGUAAAAAGUAAAAGGGAAAAUAACGAGGAAACCAUACUAAUAAAACCGACAGGCAACGCCUCCUUCGCGGACAUACUUAGGGAUAUGAAAAAAGACAUAAAGACCGAAGGGAUCACGAUAGAAAGGAUCAAUAAAACAAACAGCGGGAACUUGCAAUUAAAAAUAAGAGGAAAGGAUGAGAAAGAUAGGAAGACAUUCACGACUGCACUGAACACAACUCUCAGCAACGUCGCGCAGGUAGACGUAAAAACAAAAGGAAAACCCUUUAUGAUCCUGGAUAUAGAUGAGACCGUCAGGGAAGAAGAUAUAAGGCAGGUGCUGAAAAGAGAAAUGAAUAACGAGAACAACUUUGUGGAUGAAUCCCACAUUAAACUAGCUGAGAAAGCCAAUAAUAAAGGGUACAAAUAUGCUUUUAUAACAAUGCAGUUGGAUGCGGCUGGUUACAUAACAAGAAAGAAAAGGAUUGGAGAAGGAUGGAACCGAUGGAGAAUAAGAGAGUUAGAUCCCGUGGAAAGAUGCCGUAAGUGCCAUAGGAUAGGACACAGAGGAGAACAGUGCAAAUAUAAGGAAGAAGACAGAAAUAACUGCCACAAGUGUGGAGAGGGCGGACAUAAAAAAAGGGAAUGCACUAACGCAGAGCAUUGUUACCUAUGUAACACAAACGGACACACGGCGGAAACAAUGAGGUGUCCAGAAUAUAGAAAUAUAAUUAAAACAAAUAAUGAGGAGAAGAGGGCUAGACUAAAUAGUGUCUUUUAG